UAUUCUUUGGCCUUUGGCACGACGAUGAUGACGGGCAACGUGGCGGACGGCAGUAGCAGCAGCCCGACCGAGGGCAACAGCACUGUCGCCGAGACCCCCGCUGUGGUAGAAAGCAGCAGCAGCGGUGCCGCCGCCUCGGCCAGCGCCGACUCGCAGAAGCGCAAGACAGCCUUCCGCUUCCGGUGCGCGUCCGACAUUGACCUCCUCCGCGAGGUCGUGUAUAUCCAGCCGUUCGCGGCGCCGCAUGGGCAGACGACCGACCGCUGGACUAAAGUCGCGACGCAUGUGGCUCGGAUCCACGGCAGCGGCAUCACGCCCAACAACGUGCGAAAGCGCUUCGACGACCUCAUGAGUGCUUUCAAGCAGGACUCGCUGUCGACACUCCGCGCGUCGGGCUCGGAGGAAGAGUACCAAGAGCGCGCGCUGCUUCUGCAAGACAUCCACGACUUUAUGACUGUCUCGAACCACCGGAAGCGCGAGGUCAAGGAAGAAUCCGUCGUCCCCGACGAGCGACCCGACUCGUUUCUCGAGCCACCGAAAACGUCGCUGCUCAAGCGCAAGCUGCCCGAGACGCAGCCGCCGCCUUCCACGAUCGACUACUUUCGCACUGCGCAACAGAACCUUGUCGACAUGAACCAGGCCAUGUCGGCGCGCAGUGGUCACAACCGGCUCAGCAUUGACCGUCGCGUUCCAAGCCUCCACGCCUCCUCUGGCUUCGCUUCAAGUGCAUACGCGAAUGGCGCUUUCCCUGGUAACGGUGCGGUCAUCGACCACAGCGUGGGCCAAGUCACCGAGGCACAAGUUGAUAACCCGGCGAGAAGCAAUGGUACCGAGUCACUAAAUGAGCGCGAGGCCCCCGUCGCUGCCGGCCGUGACACACAAGACCGAGCGGCCAAUGGACCACGAGUUGAGAGCAAUGACGAGCCGCCGGUCAUCAAUAUCAAUGAUGACGACGAGGACGAGGCGCCAGCGCCCAAGGCGCGCCGCACCGAGUCGGACGACCUGCUCGUGAUUGUUGCAAACGCAGCGUCCAAGCUCAUCGACGUGUUUGCGAAAGCCAACGAGAUCAAGGCGGGCGAAGUCCAGGUCGCGCUGCGCAAGGUAGAGCUCGAGGAGGCGCGACUCGCCUUGGAGCGCAGCGAGCGCGAAGCUCGGUUCGUGCUCGAGCGCCGGGAGCGCGAAAUGCACAUUGAGUUUAUGAAGGGCACGCUCGAGAUUCUCAAGGUGUUUGCCUCGAAAAAUUCGUAAAUUUGUGUUUUGUUUCUUGCAAUUCUUGUG